AUGAGCUCCUAUCAAGGCAUCACUACUCCUUCUGCAAGCCAUGCGCUUCCGAAAGAGAGGCACCCAGCAUCCUGUGUCCUGAACAAGGCCUGCAAGUACAAAAUGUACGGAUCCGUCUUGUUCAUGAAGCCUCUCACAAAGGCGCAGUACUACGAAUGCAGGUACCAAGCUAUCCUCCGCCACCUCCGGGACUGCCACGGCAUCGAUUGCACACCAGGAAACACAACCCGCAUUCAAUGCCUCGGGUGUGCCAUGUUCGGCAGAGAAACCUGGGUCGAACAGCAGAAUCUCGCAAGGCACAUCAACCAAGACCACCAACCACCUCCCUACGCCAUUGGAUACUGCCCUAUUGACGAUAACUGUCCCGAGAUGGUGUACGGAGACAAUCUCUUCGCACAUAUCAUGUCUGCAGAGGAUAUGUACGUCAAGCGCUAUGGCUUCUUUGACACCCACACGCAGAAUUGUCACGGCAUGAAUUGCGGAGGAGAACUGCGGUACUUUCUCUGUCCAGACUGCCAGAAAGUGGGCAAACAAGUGAGUAUUCGGGAGGACGAAUAUGCGCAGCACUACAACACCUUCCACCAGCCUCCGCCAUUCGCCUUUGACCCGAAAAGGAGCAUUUUAUCAACACUUGCCGCAGAAUCUCACUUUGAAGACAUCGUAUACAUACUCGAAAAUACCUAUCAACUGUUUAUCCUCACUGGCAUACUUCAGGCAAUGAUAAAAUAUGUCUCGAGCAAAGAAUCAAAUUGA